UGUACCGCCAUAGUCAGGGCCCGGAGCGAGGCUUCGUCAUAGGUCACACAGUGACUGCUGAUGUCACCAAACUCCCCUCAGAGCUGAGCCCCGGCGGGGAGCGAGUCCUCCGUCGGGCGGCCUCACACGGAAGUGCCCGGGCUCUGGAGGAGGAGGAGGGAGCGGCGUGCAGGCCGCAGAGACCGCGGGAUCUGGUGAUGGCGCCGCUGCGGGUGCUGGAGCUGUACAGCGGCAUCGGAGGCAUGCACUGCGGCCUGUCAGAAAGUGGGGUGUCUGCCGAAGUCGUGGCAGCUGUGGACGUCAACACCACCGCCAAUGAGGUCUACAAGCACAACUUUCAUUCUACCCCAUUAUGGCCCAAGUCUAUAGAGGGGAUAUCACUAUCGGAGCUGGACUCCUUGUCAUUUGAUAUGAUCCUGAUGAGUCCUCCCUGCCAGCCAUUUACAAGGAUCGGCUUACAAGGUGAUGUGUCUGACCCAAGGGCAAAGAGUUUCUUGUAUGUUUUGGAAAUCCUUCCAAGACUAAAGAAAACUCCCAGUUAUAUUCUUCUGGAGAACGUGAAAGGGUUUGAAACCUCGGAAGCACGAUUGACACUGAUCAGGACAUUAGAGAGCUGUGGGUACCUCUAUCAGGAGUUCCUGCUGUCACCACCUUGUCUUGGCAUCCCAAAUUCGAGGCUGCGAUACUUUCUCAUUGCAAAGCUUCAAGCGGAACAGUUUGCCUUUCAGGCCAACAAUAAAAUUCUUGAAGACUUUCCAUGCACCGAUAGAUCAAGCGGUUCUCUGUGUUUGGGGAGAAACUUGCAGACAGAUGCAGAUGAAAACAGUCCUGGAAACCACGAACAAUGCCCCGAAGGAGCCAUUCUGUACAAACUAGAAACUGCUGAGGAGCUCGAGAGAAAAGUGAAUCAGGACAAUGACCCCUCUGUACAAAUACUGCAGGACUUUCUGGAAGAGAACGUGGAGAUCAGCCAAUACCUUCUGCCCCCAAAGUCCUUACUGAGAUAUGCUUUGAUUUUGGAUAUUGUUAAACCAACAUGUAGAAGGUCAACUUGCUUCACAAAAGGGUACGGACAUUACGUGGAGGGAACAGGUUCGAUUCUUCAGACGGCCACAGAUGUAGAGAUUAGUUCAGCGUAUAAAUCACUGGAGGCAUUGUCUGACGAGGAGAAGCUUGCUAAACUGUCCACACUAAAACUGAGAUACUUCACGCCGAGAGAAAUCGCAAAUCUUCACGGAUUCCCAGCAUCUUUUGGUUUUCCUGAGAAGAUAACCACAAAACAGCGAUAUCGUCUCCUGGGGAACAGCCUGAACGUCCACAUCGUUGCUAAACUCAUAGCGCUGAUGCUGCUCUCCCCCCGAAGAAGCAUUCAGAACACAACGUAACUUCAUAGCCGCAAGGAUUUUAUACAGAAAAAUAUAAUAAAUUAUACAAUAAAGUUUUUUUUUGUUAUUUUUAACUCAAAGUUUGUGUUGAGAGUUUUUUUUACUUUAGCAGUAAAGUAGUCUUCCAGCAUCGUG